UCUACUCGCAUGCAUGAGGUACCCAUGGCUGACUCUGCGCUCAACCACUCCUGGCCGGCUCUCUCCAAGCUGUGGCUGAAGAGAUGGGCCUUUAAGCGAGGCUCUGAGCCCAAGCCAUGUGCCCAGCCCUUGGACUCUGGAGAUGCAGCCUUGGCCACCAAGGAUAGCCGUGGACCCUGGAGACCUGAGAAUUCAGAUUUCUUCUCAACCAUGGAGGAUGAUCAGGCAGAUGGUUUUCCAAGGCACCUCAGCGAGAGCACAGAAGACCUCAGCCUGGAUAUGGGAGCCCUUCAGGGCAGCGAGUACCUCCGGGAUCUGGGCUUAGGGGCCCCUUCCGACCACCAUCAGUCCGAAGUGGCUAUGGAUCCCGAGACCCCCAGAGAAGAAGCCAGAAGAGAGCCCCUCUGCUCAAGCUAUGCAGGAGAUCCAAUCCUGCCUCAGAGACGCAGCUGGGAGAGGCCUCGGAGUUGCUCAGAGAGCUGUCGAAGGUCAGCCCCAUUCCCCCCACCACUGCCUACCUUCCGGGAGGCCACAGCCAGUUCUCAGGACAUAUUGCUGUCCGGCCUGGUACUCAGCUGUGUGGCUUUUGCUGAGGAGAUGUAG